AUGGCGGCGGUCGACUGGGAGAAGCACGUGGACGAGGCGUCCGGCUCAGCGUUCUACUACAACACACAGACCGGCGAGUCGUCCUGGGACGUCCCACGUGACGCGCAAACAGUGCAGCAGUCGAUUGCGAGCGAGAGGAACGAGAGGACGACGACGUGGCGCGCGUUUGUGGACGACGGGUCUGGCGCCACUUAUUACUACGACGAAGUGCGUGGCGUGAGUCGUUGGGAUAAACCCAAAGGGGAUCUUCUGCUGGACAAAAGGGAAGUGGAGAACGAGCGGAACGAGUUGGACACGACGCAGGAGGGAUACGGACAGGAAGAAGAGCAGCACCACGAAGAGGAGGAGGAGGAGGAGGAACUUGUAGCGUCAGAAGAGGAGUUACAAGUGGAAAGUAAAGGGACGAGAGAGCAGGAAGAGCAGGAGAAGAAGGAGCAGACGGAGACAGAGAUUGGGAAGAAAGAGCAGGAGACAAAGACUGAGAAAGAGGUGAAGGAAACGAAGGAGACUGAAAAGGAGGAGGAAAAGAAGGAAGAAGGAGAUAGAGAUGGGAGACGGUUGUCACCGGGUGUUGAUGCGGCUGGGGGUACAGUUGAGGAAGCAGAACGGGUUGGAGAGGACGGUAGCAGUGCUGCUCACCCGUGGGUGAAGUAUGUGGACGCUGCUAGUGACAAGCCGUACUACUUUAACCGUCGCACAGGAAAGACGCAGUGGGAGCAGCCCGAGGGAUUUGAGGAGAUACCGCAAGCUGCAAGUGUGUCGACGGAUUCUCACGUAUCUGUUGAGUACCAGGCCCAUCUUAACCGGAUGCGUACGGAACGUCUAGCCCGAGUGACUCAGCAAGUGCUGGAUCCAUCAGGUCAUCUCAGCAAACUGAACAGUAUCUUGAGCAGCAUUGAUAGCAAGGCUCCUCCUACUGCGGGUUGCAUGGACGGAGAGUCUGCAGAUGCGCCUCGGACUGCAAAAGCGGAAUGGCAACAGCAUGUCGACGCGCAGACGCAGCGGUACUACUACCACAAUAUCGUCACGGGAGUUACACAGUGGAACAAGCCAGAUGCACCGAUUGUCUCGGGGUUGGCAAGUUGGAUCCCGCCUAAGCUUCCUGAUCCAGAGUCGACGGUUGCAGGUCGCAAGACCGUUCCGGGCGUCAAUUACGCUGCACGGGCAAAGUUCAAUCGGCUUACAGGAAAGUAUGAGCAGCUCGGGGGCGACGAAUACUGGCAAAAUGCAGGUAUUGCGGCUGAUCGUGCUGGGCGGCAAAUGAGCCACUUCUUUGAUAUGUCCGAGCUAGAGAAAAACCGUGAAGAAGCACAGCGUAGGAAAGAGCAGUUGAAGCGCAAGAACAUUGACUGGAAGAAAAUAUCGGCAGAAAAGAAGGCCAAGAAGCAAAAGCAGAGGAAUGAGUGGCUUUUCACUGAUUAA